CGGCGCGGCGGCCCAAUGGGAGCGGCGGGGCGGGGCCGGCGGCGGCUGGCUCGCGGGGCAGUUUGCUCCUCUCCCUGCUCCGCGGCAAUGGCUUCCAGCGGGGAGGAGCAGAGCAGCAGCUCCCCAGACUGGGCGGACAGCGGCACGGACCUGUCAUGCCCAGAGCUCACCGGAGCCAGCACCUCUCUGCUCGACAGCGGGGAGGAUUUUGAGGUCUUGGAAGAUGAUGAUGACGACCUGAGUGAGCUGCCCCCGCUGGAGGACAUGGGCCGGGCGAAGACCCCGGCAAAGGAGGAUGCCCAGCCUUCAGAGCAGGCGCCGGGGGAAGCAGCCGAGGACCCGCAGGAAUGGCUUGAUGUCUUGGGGAGCGGCUUGCUCAAGAAGAAGACUCUGGUGCCAGGGCAAGGGGUGGAGAGCCGGCCACGCAAGGGCCAGGAUGUCACCGUCCGCUUGAAGGCCAUGCUGGAGGACGGCAGCGUGGUGGAGGAGAACCCCAGACUCACCUUCACGCUGGGAGACUGCGACGUCUUGCAGGCUCUGGACCUGUGUGUGCAACUUCUGGAAAUGGGAGAAACAGCCUUGAUCAUGUCAGAUGCAAAGUACUGCUACGGCUCCCAGGGCAGGAGCCCCGACAUCCCACCCAACGCAGCCCUCACCCUUGAGGUGGAGCUGCUGGAGGCUCGGGAUGCGCCGGACCUAGAGCUGCUCAACGGGAAGGAGAAGAUAGGACUGGCCAACCGCAAACGAGAGCGCGGCAACUUCUACUACCAGCAGGCAGAUUACGUGUUGGCCAUCAACUCCUACGACAUUGCCCUCAAGAUCAUCAGCUCCAGCUCGAAAGUAGACUUCAGCCCUGAGGAGGAGGCCGAGCUGCUAGACGUGAAGGUGAAAUGUCUCAACAACCUGGCAGCCUCCCAGCUCAAACUGGACCAUUACGAGGCAGCCCUGAAGUCCUGUAACCUCGUCUUGGAGCACCAGCCAGGGAACAUCAAGGCCCUCUUCCGAAAGGGCAAGGUCCUGGCCCAGCAAGGGGAAUACAGCGAGGCCAUCCCCAUCUUAAAGGCGGCUUUGAAACUGGAGCCUUCGAACAAGACCAUCCACGCCGAGCUCUCCAAGCUGGUGAAGAAGCACGCGGACCAGAAGAGCGUGGAAACGGAGAUGUACAGGAAGAUGCUCGGGAAUCCCAGCACCAGCGGUGCCCCAGCGAAAUGCAAAGACAAGCUGCCCUGGUCCAUCCCCUGGAAAUGGCUCUUCGGCGCAACAGCCAUCGCGCUCGGUGGCGUGGCCUUGUCCGUGGUCAUUGCAGCGAGGAACUAACGGCACCGGCAGAGCCGCACCGCCGGGACCCGUGCCGGGACCGUGCCACCCUCCUGCUCAGGACGAGCCAGGGCUUCUUGGGGCCCGGCGGCUCUGCCAAACCCCCCUCUGCGGAGUGGUAAUCGCCGAAAUAAGGAUGUGCUCCCUGCCGGAGGCGCCGGACCCCCCUCCCAACGGCCGCCCGGCGCUUCCCGCACCCCUUCCCUGCGUGGUUGGGUCCCGCCGUGGGGACGGAGACCCCCGAACUUGCCCCGGGUGCGUCGGGAGCAUCUGCACACGGGCAAGUCGCCGUCGAUGCCAACCCAGCAAUACGCGGCGGGCGCCGCGCUGCCCAGCCCCGCGGCAGGGAGCGGCGGCGGGAAGGACGCCCCGCUGCCCUCCUCGGCGCGGCCCCGGCCUCUGCGACGCCGAAGGAAGCCAAAGAAACCCGGGGUGCGAGGGAUGUGUCCCCUCGCGCCGGCGGGGCCGCCUUCCCCUCCCUCCUGGCUCCUCCGUCCCGUCGUCCGCGCGCCGGGACCCGCAGCCGCCGUCACUGUCCCCGGUCUCAGAGAUCCGCUCGCGUGGAGUUGUACGCGCUCUCCUCCCGCCCCCGGCCGACUGUGAAAUUCCCAAUAAAAGGACAAUUCCUUCA